AUGGUGCGUGAGGCGUCGAAAGAGACGAUCCCUCUGAUGAGGCCCUACAAGAUGGGGCAGCUCGAGCUCUCCCACCGGGUGGUGCUCGCGCCCCUGACGCGGUGCCGUUCCUACGGGAACUUGCCGCAGCCGCACGUCGCCGUGUACUACUCGCAGCGCGCCAUCAGGGGCGGCCUGCUCAUCUCGGAGGCCACGGACGUGUCCCCCACCGCGCAGGGCUACCAAGAUAGCCCCGGCAUCUGGACGCAGGAGCAGGUCGAGGCAUGGAAGCCCAUCGUCGACGCCGUCCACCGCAAGGGCGCCUUCUUCUUCUGCCAGAUUUGGCACGUCGGCAGGGUCUCCACCAACGAGAUGCAGCCUGACGGGCAGGCGCCCAUCUCCAGCACGGACAAGCAGAUCACCUCAGACGUCGGGACCGGCAUGGCGUACUCCAAGCCACGGCCACUGUGGACGGAGGAGAUCCCAGGGAUCGUUGACGACUUCAGGUGCGCGGCGCGGAACGCCAUCGAGGUGGGGUUCGACGGCGUGGAGAUCCAUGGCGCGCACGGGUACCUCCUGGAGCAGUUCAUGAAGGAUGGCACCAACGAUCGCGAUGACGAGUACGGCGGCAGCCUCGAGAACCGGUGCCGCUUCGCCGUUGAGGUGAUCGACGCCGUGGUCCGUGAGGUGGGCGCGCAUCGCGUGGGUGUUAGGCUCUCGCCAUUCGCGGACUUCGUGGAGUGCGCCGACUCUGACCCUGUGGCACUUGCGGACUAUAUGGUGCGGCAGCUGAACAUGCACGAGGGGUUACUCUACUGUCAUAUGGUGGAGCCUCGGAUGUCGAACGUCGAUAACCGCAUUCCUCAUAGACUCCUAACAUUUCGAAAGGCCUUCAAUGGCACGUUCAUCGCUGCAGGUGGAUAUGAUCGGGAGGAAGGCAACAAGGUGGUGGGCGAUGGUUACACUGACCUCGUCGCUUAUGGGAGGCUGUUUUUGGCCAACCCCGACCUACCAAGAAGGUUUGAGGUGGAUGCAUCCUUGAACAAAUAUGAUCGCUCCACUUUCAUCACUCGAGAUCCUAUUGUCGGGUACACAGACUACCCUUUCCUUGAGGAUGACCAUAACGACCACUCGACUAUACAUGCCUAA